UUGUUUCAGUCGAUAUAGCAGUUUAUACACUGACUUAUAAUUUUAAUCUUUCUAUACAAGUCUUAAUUUUCAUUCAUGCCAGCUUGGAAAAGAUUAGUAAUAAUUCUGAUUAAUAGUGCCUUGAAUACAAUCUGUGAGACCAAUUACACUUAAUUGUAAUUAUUUUAAAUAUACCUGUUGAUGUCAACAGUUGACAUGUCAGUUUAUGUAAUGAUAAAGUGAUAAAUCAACCGAAGUCAAAUCGUGACUCAAGUAUUGAACGGAUCUAUUUUUUAAGAAAGAAAUCAUCCUAUUGCUUUAAACACUAAUUACAUUAAUUUCGUCACAACGGGGGCCGAACAGUCAGCCAUGUCCGUCUCUCAGAUGGAAAAAAACCUAUUUAAUCUUAAAUUUGCUGUAAAAGAGUUAGAAAGGAAUUCAAAGAAAUGUGAGAAAGAAGAAAAAGUGGAAAAGGCUAAAAUAAAAAAAGCCAUUCAAAAGGGCAAUAUGGAGGGUGCUCGUAUUCAUGCAGAAAAUGCAAUUCGUCAGCACAAUCAAGCAUUAAAUUAUUUGCGUAUGAGUGCAAGGGUUGACGCAGUGGCUAGUAGAGUGCAAACUGCUCUUACUACACGCAAAGUUACUCAAUCAAUGGCUGGAGUGGUGAAGGCAAUGGAUGCUGCAAUGAAGUCGAUGAACUUGGAAAAAAUUUCAGGUUUAAUGGACAAAUUUGAAAGUCAAUUUGAAGAUCUGGAUGUUCAAAGUUCAUACAUGGAAAAUGCAAUGUCCCAAACUACAACUACUAGUGUACCACAGAAUGAUGUUGAAUCAUUAUUACAGCAAGUUGCAGAUGAAGCUGGUUUGGAACUGAAUAUGGAAUUGCCAUCCGGAAAUUUAGGUAGUAUAGGUACCUCUACUGUCAGUCAAGAACAAGACGAACUCACACAGCGAUUAGCAAGGCUCCGAGAAUAGUAAUGUACAUAUAGAAACAAGAAAUUGCACAGAUACAUAAAAGGAAACGUAUAUAAUUGAUGCUUAUACCAUAUAACUAGCAGUAAUAUGUUCAGGAAAGAAGACAACAAAACUUUUUUUAAAGCAUAUUUAAUUGUUAUAAACAUACAUACAUGCUUCUUACGUUUAUAAGGAAUAGUUAUUUGAAAUAACGAAAAAUAUUUAAUAUUUAAUGCUUAUAUUCUAAUCAUUUAGCGCCAAUUAAAAUUUUAAAACCUUAAUUGAGUAUGUUUAACCAUAAUAAUAUGUGAGUGCAAUGCAGUGAAUAUAUAUUGUUAUUUAAUUCACCUAUAAAUUAUGAUUCUAUGCAAUUAUGUCUUUUUACAAUAACAUUUAUGUUAAAAAAGAAUAUGUUAAACUCAAAAAUUCAUGUACACAAAAUAAAUUUCACUGUAUCUUAAAUACACCUGCUAUUUAGGAACUUCAGAAUUUUAUCUAAUAAGAGAUAUUAAAAUGUAAUGUUAGCAUUGUGCUUAAUUAUUUUUGUAAAAGAGUGUACACAUAACAUAAC